AUGGCGAAGCUCUUAGAUCUCCCUCCCGAGUUACUACAGAUGAUCGCAACUGCAACAGAAGACUACAGUUCCUGGGAAAUACUACAGGAAAAAGACCUAGCCAGACUGUCCCUCGUCAACCGACAGCUAAAUAGAACAAUAGGUAGCAUCUUCUUCUCCUAUGGUCUUCGCGCCAGAAGCCAUGCCCCCUCUUAUGCGGCACAGCAUGGAAACCUUCAUAUUUUGAAGGCCAUGGUCGCAUUUGGUAUCGAGCCUAAAUUUUGGCAUAACGUAUUGGUGGAAGCUUGUGCACACAAUCGCCUCAAUAUUGUUACCUGGAUACUAGACCGCGGUACCAAACCAGAAGACGGCGGCCUGACACCAGAUGAUGAAGCACCACGCUUCAGGGCAUGGCCGACGACCGAUUGGUGGGUGGAUAGACUUCCCACUCUUCAGAAAGGGUGCGAUGCAUUAAAAGUUGCCUUCGACAACAAAAACCAGGAUAUGGCUUUACUUUUAUUAUCGCACGGCGCCAAUCCUUUCUUCGUCACACAAGAAGGCAAAUCCAUAUCAGCAUUACAUGAGGCGGCGCGUACCAAUAUGGUCCAAGUUGUGGAGUAUCUUACACAAAAAGCAGGGUUAUCUGUUGAUCUACCUGAUUAUCGCGGAUUUACUCCCCUACGCUAUGCGGUAAAAUAUUCAGAGAGCGAGGACCUAGACACCAAGAUGCUGGAGAGGCUGAUGGAGCUUGGGGCCGAUGUUAACAGUGAAGUUGGUGGUGAGCUCCCACUUACGUCGGCACUGUCGAGGGCGAAGUAUAAGCACGCGAAUAUGUUGCUGGAUGCUGGCUCGAAAGUUGUACCAGACCAGCCAUGCCCAAGAGUCAGGCUCCCUAUCCACGCCCUGAUAUACGGCUCGAAAAGGGUCACAUACAAAUGUCCGAGGCAGAUUGCUCUCCUCCACAGGAUUCUCGACGCUGGUGCUGACCUACACAAGAAAUACAUGUGGGGCCAUACACCAUUGAGAGAGGCAUUGCUGAAAGGAAGCGUGAGUCUAUUAUCACAUCUCCUGCAUAUACUUGGCAAGGAGCAACCGCAUCCGGACGACCUUCUAGACGUAUUGGUGUGGGGAUAUAAGAACGUACGUCAAUUUCCCGAGAAGGUGGAACUCGUACUGAAAAGGGGUGCCAGAAUGGACACCAUUUUAAGCAACGGCGUGUCAUUCCUCUACUGGGCGAUCAGUUCAGAGGCUAUCAAACCCUAUUUCUUGGACAAGAUCUUAAAAAAAGCCACCGAUGCUAUGCUUGACCGCGGUUAUCUCGACGAUCUUUUGGAAGAACUGACCAACCCCGAUUAUCCAACAGUAACAUCAUAUUGUUUCUUAGGGGUUCUCAGCGAUCAUGGCGCCAGAUCUAAAAACCCCGAUCACAUAUACGAAGUCUCCUUACACCUCAUAGACAAUGGUGGGUAUGUGCAGGACUGGUUAAUUGAAGGGUUCGAUCUUUUAUCGGCUGAGCAACUGGAUUACCUAUUCAUACGUGCUAUAAGAGGUAAACCUGAACUUAGCCACAAGAUAUUUGACCGUAUUGAGUUGAAUCUUUCGGAGCUAAACCCCAGGUGGUUACAUUCAGCUGCUAAAUAUCGUCGCCUCGACAUUAUGGCUAGGCUCUUGAAGUACGCUAAGAGUUCCGAUUUGAAUGUUGUGCGAAAGUCAAGCACAGUGUUAGGAAAGUUGAUCUACGGCUUCCACGGCUACGGCCUCGGCCUCGAUGGUCACGAGUGUGUCCUUGAGGUGAUGGAACACGGCGCCGAUCCAAUCGUGCCUAACAAUCACCCAGGCUGCGAUGGCAAGCCAAUUUGGCCGUAUGGAGAAAAAUGUCCAGGAGCAUCAGCUUUCGAGAUAGGAUUACAUCGAGGUGUCCCUCUCGAACUCAUCCAGAAGAUGUGGCAGAAGAUUGCUCCUGAGGCCCGACCUGACCCGAGACUAUUUAUCCCAUGUCUCUACAAUGGAAUAUGCGAAGGAGACCGUCGCUCUGAAGUGCUAGCGUGGUUGGAACAAGUCAGUGUGAAGGAUGAUGGCGUAGCUCAAGAUGAAAGGGUGGUCCAGGAGGCUUGA